CAAGAUGGCUGCUCCCAUGUGCGACACGUUCGCCUUCUGCCGGGAGGCGGCCGGCGCAGCGCGGCGCGCCCUGGAGGUGCGCUUCAUCAGCAACAGCAAGGGGAAAGGGCUCUUUGCCACCAGAAACAUCCGUAAGGGGGAAACGAUUUUUGUAGAGAAGCCCGUGGUGUCGGCCCAGUUCCUCUGGAACGCCCUGUAUAAUUAUAAAGCCUGCGACCAUUGCUUGCGAGCGCUGGAGACCGCGGAAGAGAAUGCCCAGAGGCUGCUGGGGAAAUUCCAGGCCCUGCCACAUCCGGAGCAGUGCAGCAUCUGCAAGGACCUGCAUCAGCCCUGCCCUGGUUGCCAGGUUGUGUAUUGCAGUCCAGAGUGCCGUCAGGCGGCCUGGGACCAGUACCACCAGGUGUUGUGCCUCGGACCCUCCAGGCAGGACCCCAAUCACCCCCUCAACAAGCUGCAGGAAGCAUGGCGGAACAUCCAUUACCCUCCAGAAACAUCAAGCAUCAUGCUGAUGGCACGGAUGGUUGCAACCGUCAAGCAGGCCAAAGACAAAGACUGGUGGAUCAAGCUGUUCUCUCAGUUUUGCAGCAAAAGCGCCAACGAGGAGGAGGAAAUUGUCCACAAACUCCUGGGGGAUAAAUUUAAGGGCCAGCUAGAAGUCCUGCGUGGGCUGUUCACAGAAGCCCUUUAUGACGAACACCUCAGCAGGUGGUUUUCUCCUGAAGGCUUCCGCUCACUGUUUGCCCUUGUGGGCACCAACGGCCAAGGGAUGGGAACAAGCUCCUUAAGCCAGUGGGUCCAUGCCUGCGAUGCCUUAGAACUGCCCCCCCAGGAACAGGAACAGUUAGAUGCUUUCAUUGACCAGCUGUAUAAAGACAUUGAGAAAGAGACAGGGGAGUUCCUCAACUGCGAAGGAUCUGGUCUCUUCAUGCUGCAAAGCUGCUGCAACCACAGCUGCAUCCCCAACGCAGAGGCCUCGUUCCCAGAUAACAAUUUCCUGCUGCAUCUGACGGCCUUGGAGGAUAUCCAUCCCGGAGAGGAGAUUUGCAUCAGCUACCUUGACUGCUGCCAACGGGAGAGGAGCCGGCACAGUCGUCAUAAGGUGCUCCGGGAAAAUUAUCUCUUUGCCUGCUCCUGCCCCAAGUGCCUGGCCCAAGCCGACGACCCUGACGUGACGUCGGAAGACGAGGAGGAGGACGGCGAAGGGGAGGCGGAUGACGCAGAGCUGGAGGACGAGAUGACGGAUGUUUGAUCCGGGGACCUGGGGUGGGGUGGGGGGCCUUGGGAGGCAGCGGCCCAAUUGUUUUGGAAAGUGGCUACUGGCCAGCAGGGGUUCUGCUGCCACUGUAGGAAAGGGCUGCAGUCUCCCAGAGAGGAGCAUGGAAGAAAGUAGAGCACGCUCCUGGAGCCUGCUGCCCUUCUGAAUGGGAGACUGUCCCCCGGUGCCAAAAGAGGGCUGGCGCUCGACCAUUAGCCACAGAGAAUCCCCUAAAGGUGGGGCUUCUGCUGGGGAGGAACGACACGUGUGGGUGCAGUAAAUAUUUUUGCAGUGGGGUCCUCCUUUUUGUGUUAAGCUAGGGGACACUCUUGUCUUUGAUGGGAGUUGUUGAAGGCAGCUAUUAAGGUGGGGUGGGAGGAGAUACCAUUUAAUGCUUCCUUGGCUGGGCAGAAGAGAGGGCAAGCUUUAACUCAUGGGGAGCCCAAAAGAUGUUUAGCUGUUCUGCUUUCUAAGGAUAUCAGAACAUCUCUUUCCAAGGGCCCAUCCGGUCCAGCAUCCCGAAUCCAACACUUGCCAGCCCCUCCAUCUUGGAUGCGCCCGAGCGGCUCCUGGAGAUGUGCUCCCCUUCCUUUGCCCCCAUUUGCCCUUUGCAGCUGGUGAUCAAAGAGCUGGCCAACAGGAAGGUUCCUUUUUGCUCUCAUAGCUGUGGAUUUUGUCUUUUAAAAAAAGCAAUCUCAGCCACAGGCCAUCGCUCCGUCUUGUGGCAGUGAGUUCCACAAGAGUGGUGGGUGAAGGAGGACUUUUUCUUGCACUGCGGCAGAGCAGGGGCCAAUGCACUGUCUCUUCCCAGUGAGAGAAGGUGUAGUAGCACUAUCUCACCCCCACUGCUGUUUCCAACGCUUAUCAGAUGGGCUCUGGCUGUCUUCUGCAAACCCCAAUGCAGGGCCAGAUCGACGGAGGGG